CAAUGGGCGCGCGCUGCCCAAUCCCCCUCCGUACCGUGUUUGUAGUUAUGGUCGCUUAGGUUACAGCGCUUUGCCAUUUCAGAGAAAGUGACCGGACUGGCAGCCGAACAGAUGAGUACCAUUUACUUACUCCCCCUUCGCGUAAAAUGCCAGCGGAGACGAUCCCACUACCGUCGGCUACCAUCGGACCGCAGUCCUGGCACGACGACGCCGUGCGAUCGAUCCGCCGAGCGGAGCGGCUGGUGCGGAAGGUGGGAGUCGCAGAUUCGAGCUCCAAGAGGCCGCGCAGCUGCAGCGCCUCCGCCGGCCGCUGCUCUAGGCGCGGGGACCCAGGCCGUAAAGCUGAGGGCAACUUUGUAAAAGAGGAUGACGGUGCAAAUAAGAAUGAAACUAACGAUACAAUUAUACCCUUAUCUGCAGCUGCUAUGCGGCCGCGCUCCGCUCUCCUCCCGUUUUAUAGCGCCGUCUCCCCUCCUUUCCUGCGGGAGCGGUGCCUGGAUGCCGGUACAGGUGUAGCUGUGGGGUAUAUGCGCUGCGUGCGGAGCGUGGAGCUGCUGCUCCGUCAGCAGGCAGGCAAGGUGUGGCUGGAAUGUGUAAAGCUGGAGAGGGAACGGGGCCACCUAGAGGGCAUGCUGAAAACUCUCAGGAAGAACUUGAUGGUCAACAGGAGGAGCGUGGAGGACAGGACACUGAGACCAGCCCUUACGGAGACUGGCAGAGAUGGAGCGGACGGCCUGCUGGAUUAUGAGAAAAGAGAGCUAACCGAACUGAAAAGUCAGCUGGAGGGCACACUGCGAAACACCCUGGAACAACUACAGGCCCUGAAACAGUGCAGCAAGAUGCUAUUAGAGUGUUCGAAUGAGAGGUCGAGAGUUCUGCAUCUACUGCCCCGAACUGGGUCUCGCUCUGCACAGGGCUGUUGCUCUCCUGAUAGAAUCCAGCUGAAAACCAGCCCUGUGGGCCCAUACACUCCAGAAUGCGAGCAAGCAGUGGCAUCUUCUUGCAUGGCUCUGAGCCAAUCACGGUCGCUCAGAGAUCAGAUCCGGCAAAUGAUAUGCGAAGCCACAGCCAGACAAAAAGCAGCCCACCAAUCAGUGAAUGAAGGCCUGGUGAAGAAAAUAAAAGAGACUGUCACUCUGAAGCAACACCUGACUGUGAGCUCAGCAGCGACCAGGCAUGCCAUUAACGGCAAACACAGGCAGCUGGACGGAGUGGAGCAUAGCCACGGGAGAGCACUGGGUCCAGUGUCCUGCAGAGAUUUGCAGUCCAGAGAAAGGCUGGACAGGCCAGUGGUUCAGUUGUACCGAAGACACUCUGGUAAUCAGCUGUCUGAGGCUUUGCACAUUGUACAGGGUACUGCCAAGCUCCGGCAGGACCUGUCCUCCUUGGGCGGAGAGCUGGGUCAUCUUAAUGGGGCUCACAUACAAUUGAUGGAAAACCUUCAAGGGAAAGAGGCAGCAGCCCAUGUCGAUGCUGCAGUUGUCAGGCUUCGCCGGCGUCAGACAGAAUGCCAUUAGAGGACGCUCUCUGAUUGGCUGCGGGGAUAAUGUUAAUAUCGCAGAAUGCCAUUAGAGGACGCUCUCUGAUUGGCUGCGGGGAUAAUGUUAAUAUCGCAGAAUGCCAUUAGAGGACGCUCUCUGAUUGGCUGCGGGGAUAAUAAUAUCGCACUCAUGUACUUCAUUUUGUGCAUUAUAACAAUCCUGUUCCACUGGAUCAUUAUGUAUUUGACUGAAUUUAUUAACCACUGAGCUUUUAAAUACCAAAGUGAGCCUUUCAUGGAAUGCAUACAGUCAUUAUUGUUUUAGAGCUUUUAGUUUGCAAUUGUGUGCUUUGAAUUUGUUGUUAAAAUCGUGAAGUGCAGUGUUGCAAGUAUUACAGGGAUCAAAUGAAUCUCACCUUUUUUCAGUUGUUAUUCUAAGAGUAGUUUUUUGUAUUAUAAAGAUUCAUUUUAUGUGUGUCUGAGAUUAAAAACGUCAUGUGGUUUUACCGAAUUGCACAAAUGAUCUUGUUUGUAGUGUAUAAUGCUGAUCAUUCAUGAUCAGGUGUGGAAAUAAAAAUUUUGAAUUCACC